CUCUCUACUUUCCCGGAAAAUUAGUUCAUAUUUUCCCGAGAAAAUGGGAAAGCUAAGCUUGAGCUGUUGGAGUAGCUUUGUUGAGAAUUCAAAGCCUUACUUUGCCAUGAUAUCUUUACAAUUUGGAUAUGCUGGCAUGAACAUCAUCUCCAAAGUCUCUCUUAGUAGAGGGAUGAGCCAUUACGUUCUCGUCGUAUAUCGACACGCUUUCGCUACCGCUUCUAUUGCUCCCUUCGCUUUCUUCUUCGAACGGAGAGAACAACCGAAAAUAACACUCAAAGUUUUCACUCAAAUCUUCGUGUUGGCUUUGCUUGGCCCUGUUAUCGAUCAAAACUUCUAUUAUGCUGGAUUGAAAUACACUUCACCAACUUUCUCGUGUGCCAUGAGCAACAUGCUGCCUGCAAUGACAUUCGUGAUGGCUGUGAUCUUCAGGAUGGAAAAAUUAGAGAUGAAGAAGCUGAGAUGCCAAGCCAAGUUCUUGGGAACUUUAGUGACGGUGGUUGGUGCUAUGCUGAUGACAUUAUACAAAGGCCCAUUGAUUCAAAUGGCUUGGUCUAAACACUCUCAUGUUCCCACAAGUUCUAAUGAUCAAGCUUCUGCCAAUAAAGAUUGGUUCAAAGGCUCAAUCUUCCUCAUUAUUGCCACUCUUGCUUGGUCUUCUCUUUUCGUCUUGCAGAAUCAGGCAUUGAAGACAUACAUGAACCACCAGCUAACCCUCACCACACUAGUAUGCUUUAUGGGGACCUUACAAGCCAUAGCUGUGACUGUAGUAGCUGAACACAAAGCUUCUGUUUGGAGAAUUGGUUGGGACAUGAACCUCCUUGCUGCCGCCUACGCCGGAAUUGUGACGUCAAGUAUUUCAUAUUAUGUACAAGGGUUGGUGAUGAAGAAGAGAGGACCUGUAUUUGCAACAGCAUUUAGCCCUUUGAUGAUGAUCAUUGUAGCCAUCAUGGGCUCUUUCAUCCUAUCUGAAAAAAUUUACCUUGGAGGAAUAAUAGGAUCCAUCUUGAUAGUAUUUGGAUUAUAUUCAGUCCUAUGGGGGAAGCAUAAGGAGAAUUUGGAGACCAAAAGUGCUGAUGAUGAUGCUCAUAAAUUACCACAAGCAAUUAAGCUUUCUUCUCAACCAAAUAAUAAUAAUAAUCUAAAUCUCGAACCUAAUAAGCUCUCGAAUUCACUUAUUAUUUCCAUGCCCGACCCUGAAAGCCCCAUCAAGCCGAACCAAAACCCAUGAGAAUGAUUUAGCAUUGGGGAGGGGUAUUUUCGUCAAAGUUCGAGCCUGGUUUUUGGUGUCGUAGGGGAAGGAUUUACCUUUAUUCAGUCGUACUGGCGUAGGCCAUCUAAAGCAACGCAACCCAGUUCUACUUGAUUACGCCCCGUGCUCGUUUAAGGAGAGAGUUUGCUUUACCCAACUCCUACUUUUAUGAUAAGGCAGAACCCCGACCCAACAUUCAUUAGUUUCGUAUGAAGAAUCAAAGCGUUCGAUCCCUACAAGCAUCUACUCGUAUUAAGAUGAAAAGCAUGAUUUUCAUAUAUUUAUGAUGUUUGAGUU